UUCAUGCUUUCUGCUUCCCCUGAGGUCGAUGUUUCAGUUCGAUUCCAUUUACUGUUAAAAACAUUUGACUGGCUUAAAAUAUACUAUUGAAAAUGUUGGUGGACGUUAUAAUAUUUAAAAAUGAUCCACUAUUUUUGUGUUAAAUAAAGUUAUUUCUGCUUUUACAGAAAAAGAGAGACAUUUGCUAAAUAAAAAUGAGUAGAAAUUUCCUGUCAAGCUUUAUAAAAUUCAUAACGAUGCAUGGAAAGGGCAAUGCAAUGUAAACCAAUAACCACAAAUGAAAAUCUGAAGUAUUUUUAGAGAUGAGCAUCAAUCCAUCUUCAGAACCCUUUUUAGAGUCACUGGAGCUAACACUGAUGGGUGAAGGCCGAGUAAACUCAGAACAGGUCACCAGUCUAUUGCGAGGCUUCGAUUUUUCAGUCACCACACCAUUAUGAAGCCUGUUUUUGGACUGUGGGAGGAACUCAGAGCAAACUCCUUACGAAGGGUUGACCACUACAACACUGUGCAGCCCAUAAACAUUAUGGGAUUUAACACAGUUAUAUCUAUUCCAGUUAUCCUAAUUCUAAAAUAUUGGCAUUCAUUUUUAAAUUUAAAAAGUAAUCAAUUUUUUCACACCUUCCUGUAUUUAAUCUUUAUGCCUGUCCUUUAGAAUGCUUUUGAACAGUAUCUUAUGAAGUCUUGCAUAUAUAGUUGUUUUCAAAGCUGUAAUAUUGAUUACUAAAAACAUGACAUCAAUACCUGAAUAGAUACCGGAACUCCCCACAGUGCUGAAUCAGAGAGGAUCAUAAAUGUUUGUCAAGGCAAUACAUUUGUAAAAAAUAAAUAAAUAAAUAAAUAAAUAAAAAAUAUAGUGUUUAUUUUCUUUGAAAUCUACGCUGAAGGUUUGUUCAUAUCACUUUAAGACAUUUGUCUUUGGAGAUUUAUAUUACCACUCUUUAUUUUGUUGACUCUAGUUGCUUGAGCUUUUAGAUAAUAUAAUUCUAAUAUAGGUUUAUCAGUAAAACUAUUUUUCAAAUGAGCUUUUUUCUUAUGACUUAGAAUAGAAAUGGGCUUUUCUUAAGCUGCUGAAUCCCAAUCUAUUUGAUGAUGGCGGCUUUUAUUUUGAAAAGCCCUCCCGCUCGCGAGGAUGCUGAGCGCUCGUGCCUCCCGUAAACGCCCUGCAUCCUCUCCUCUCCUCCAGCGUCCAUCCUCGUCUCCUCUGCUCCCUGAAGCCGCAGAGGGGCCCCCCGCUCCCGAACCGUGAGGAAACCGAACCGAGCCCCGCUGGAGAACAUGGCCUUUUAACAGCCGAACGGAACAUUGACGAAGCGGAACCGCCAUGGACGCCUGGCUGGGCUUCUUUCUCCGCCUCCUGCUCGUCGUUUCUGUCAGCCGCUUCCCGGUUUCUGCUAACAGGAGAUUCGGUUGCCUGUUUGACAACAAGCUGUGCGCGUCGUAUGAAGUCUGUGUCAACGAUGGGAUGUUUGGGAAGUGUCACUCUGUCCCGGUGAAGGAGGUUUACACCUACGACGUCUCCCCGCCUGUGGUGCAGCACUUCAAGAUUCUGCUGGAGAAGCUCUCCAACAGAGGUUUGACCUGGGAGGAUGACACCACCCAGCAGGUUCUGUCCAGUGAGCUGUCCAAACUGAGGAGGAUUCCCUACAGGCCAAAGCAGAAGGGGCCGGUCUACAACACCAACAGCAGGACAGUGGCUGAAGCGAUGGACCCCGAGGAUCAGAGGGUGAAGCCGGUGGAGGUGGAGCUCAACAAAAAUCUGCAGACAUAUUUGCAACAUCUGGGGCUCCUCCCUAAGACGUCAUCGGCCUCUAGUUUGAGUAUACCCAGUAAGCUGCUGGAGAAGCAGAACCCUGCAUCCAGUCAACUGCUCUCCCUGCAGGCUGAGAGUGACCGUCUCCUGGGCGCCCUCGGGCGCUAUCUUUCCGGGCAUCGUUUCCUGCACAGGGAGCCGGCGGCCCCCUCUGAACAGCAGGCACCACCUCCUCGCCUCAGGCCCUUCCACAGCACUGGUAAAGAAAAUCCACUCACCGGGAAGGAGACUUCCAACUUCAGGCUUCAGAAGUUGGGGAGAACUCCAGGGACUUCAGCCAGGGACCUGCUGACGUCUGUAGACGAGAGUUUCAUCCAGAACGUCCUGAAGAACGCUGGCAGGCAGCAUGUGAACGUGGACAACCUGUCACCGCAGGACUUGGACCAGCUGUCCCGCUUGAUCGCUGAUGCCUUGCAGGUGGUUGACCGGGAUCAGCCAGCAAACGCAGCUUUGAUCCGUGACCGAGGACCUGGACCGAGAGACCUGGAAGCGGAUCCGAACGUGGCAGAGGAAGAAGCUGCCAAAGCGGAGGAGGAGGAGAAGAAGUUGUUGGAGAAGCCGCCCACGCUAAGACCGCAGGAGAGCACCUCUUUGUCACUGGCAGCACUUCAAGAGCGUCACACCGAGGAAGAGGAGGCUAACGCCAAGGACAAAGUUGAAAGUGGCAGCCUCCUUACCAAACUCCUUACCUACCUUGACAAGUCCGCACUAGCGGGGCCACUUUCAGCAAGGAACCGGGACAGUGUUGCCGCGGAGACGCCCCAAGGUCAGCAGGUUGGCCUGGAAAAUGUCCAGAGUCGCACCAGUGAAGCAGGAGUGACGCUGCAGAAGAAAGCUGCCACCCAGUCCAUAGAGGAGGUGUCAGAGGUGGAGGGCUGGAUCAAGGAGGUGGUGCCUCCUCCCGCCUCGCUUGUCUACAAAGAGCCACACAAAAAGACGAUGCACGCUCCCGAGCUUCAGCUGGACGUCAAAAGCAGCAGAAAGAAGCCGGACAGCGACGUCUUCGGCUACGUCAUAACUGACACCGACCAGCUUAAAACCGAUGAAGGUCUUCACCUGAUGGAGAUUUUGGCUCGACGAGCAAAAAUCCAGAUGACCGACUUUGCAGAGGUCUUGGUGGUGGGCCCGGCCGUGACCUUCAAAGUGAGCCUCAACGCCCAGAACGUCAGCACGGCAGAUGUGGCCGACGUGGCUG